AUGAGUGCAGCCUUGGGCGGGGAGCCCAGCGUGGCUGGCACCCAGGGCGCUGGCGUCCCAACUGAGUUGCAGCCUCUGCUCUCCCACGAUGCCGCCGACAUCUAUCGCGUUCAGGUUGACACGUCCAACCCUCUUGGCAAGCAGACCGACCAAAGGCGCCGCAGUCUUACAGCCGCCAAAACCUACGCUGCCCUGGAGCGGGUCCUGGAGACCAUUGAUGUUCGCGAUCCAGCUGCCGUCGCAGAGCUGAACGAGUCCUUGCAGCAGACUGAACUGCCUGAGAAUGCACGCCGUAUGCUCUUCGACAUGCUCCGGCUGCGCGUCGUUGCUUCGUCGGGCUCUGAUCCCGCAUCCACCCCGACGCCUGUCAGCUCGGCGACACCGGCCCAGCUUGGCCGUUCAGAUGAAGGCGACGAAACUGCUCGCACCUAUCGCCAACUGGCGCGCAAUCUUUAUCCAAAUAACUUGGCCCAGGAAGACCCAGAGGCUGACCAGAUUGUGGUGGCCACACCGCCCAAAGCCUUUGCUGCUUCCUACAAAGCCGCGCUGCGCAGUGCCGAGUUUCAGCUUGCCUCCCGUGUCUCCUUUCGCGUCAACGAACUCCAAAACCUUUCCUCCCGUGUCGCCCUCGAUCAUCAAGUUCAGGCCCUCAAGGAGCUGCACAUGCUUCGCCUGAAGGAUUUUCAAAGUGCCAUGCGCGCGGACCUGGAGCGCUUCAUGCACCACAACACCACUCCCAUUACCGCUUAUCGCCGUGGUACCCUCUGGCGAAAUCGCCGCGUCUUCAUGCGCGAUGCUGCCUUGACAGCCAAAGAGGAGCGCUUUAAGCAAGAGCGCGAGCGCGAGGCCGAGAAAGAGCGCCAUCGCUCUCAGCUUGACAUUCUCAUGGACCACCGUCGAAAAUUCUUGGCUUUCCACGCCAACGUGCGCACCCGGUUGUCUGCAUUGGUUGCAGAUGCUGACAAAGCGGUCAAGGCCAAGGAUCGCCGCGCCCAGCUCGAGCGCGAACGUUUGGAGAAGGAGCGUCUCCGUCUACUCAUGGAUCAAGAUACGGAAGGCUAUCUGCGGCUCUUGGAUGAGCAGAAGGACAGUCGCAAGCGCAUUCUCCUGGACAAGAUUGACGAACGCAUGCGGGUCGUCAACAAACUCAUCGACGCUCACCAGCAGCAGGAGCGUGCCCGCGAUGAAGGCCAGGUUUCGGACGCUGCUACUUUGGCAGCAGCUGCUGAGAGCUCAAAUGCCGGCGCAAGCGAGGAGGUCAAGGCCGGAGCCGAGGCCGCCCUCAAGGCCAAGUUUGAUGCCCAUGUGGUUCAAGAAGAUAUUGAGGAGCAGCCCACCAUCCUGGUGGGCGGCAAACUCAAGCCAUAUCAGAUGUACGGCCUUCGUUGGCUCGUCUCUCUCUACAACAACCGCAUCAAUGGCAUUUUGGCAGAUGAAAUGGGUCUCGGCAAAACCAUCCAAACAAUCGCCCUCUUGACCUACCUCGUUGAGAAGAAGAACAAUUCGGGGCCUUUCCUCGUCAUUGUGCCGCUUGCUACUCUUUCCAACUGGCGCCUCGAGUUGGCCAAAUGGGCGCCGUCACUUGUGACCGUCGCCUACCGUGGCAACAAGGUGGAGCGUCGUGUCUUCCACCAACAGAUCAAGGACGUGCGCUUUAACGUGCUGCUCACCACCUAUGAAAUGAUUAUCAAAGACCGCGCCCUCCUCUCCAAGGCAUGUUUCAAUAUUUCCUGGCGCUACAUGAUCAUUGAUGAGGGCCACCGCAUGAAGAAUUCCAAGAACAAGCUCUCGCAGACGCUGAUGCACUAUUUUAGCGCGCCACGUCGACUCCUGUUGACCGGCACUCCGCUGCAGAAUAGCCUUCCUGAAUUGUGGUCCCUCCUCAACUUUAUCUUGCCCGACGUCUUCAAUUCGAGUGACACCUUUGACUCGUGGUUUUCUGCGCCCUUCGCCGAGACAAGUGAGAACGUGGAAUUGGAUGCCGAAGAGAAGCAGCUCAUCAUUUUGCAGCUGCACAAGAUCCUUCGGCCCUUCUUGCUGCGCCGCUUGAAGAAGGAGGUCGAGACGCAAUUACCGGAUAAGGUUGAACACGUCAUCAAGUGUGAGAUGUCUGCUCUGCAGCGCAAACUCUAUGUGUGCAUGCAAAAGUACGGCGUCAUUCCCAGCAGCACGCAGUCGACAUCGGGCAGCAACAUGGAGGCCCUUGAUGCCACCAAAGCCCGCUCCCUGCAAAACGUGGUCAUGCAGAUGCGCAAGCUCUGCUGCCACCCGUUCCUCUUCAAGGAGGUGGAGCAGGAUCUCAAGAGUGAGCUGCUGCGCCACGAGGAUGCUGCAACGGCUUUGGCCAAUCUCAAUGGCCUCGAGCUGUGGCGAACGGCCGGCAAGCUCGAGCUGCUGGACCACAUGAUCCCCAAGCUGCGACGUUUUGGCCAUCGCAUCCUUCUCUUCAGCCAGUUUACCACGAUGCUGGACAUUUUGGAGGAUUACUUUCGCUAUCGUCGCCUCAAGUAUUGCCGCAUGGACGGCACGUGUGGCGCCGCAAAGCGCGCCGAACUCUUGCACGAUUUCAACGCGCCUGAUUCUGAUCUGGAGAUCUUCAUCCUCAGCACUCGUGCUGGUGGUUUGGGUCUGAACUUGCAGACCGCAGAUACCGUGGUUAUCUUCGACUCGGAUUGGAAUCCGCAUCAGGAUCUGCAGGCACAAGAUCGUGCUCAUCGCAUCGGUCAGACAAAGGAAGUGCGCGUGUUCCGCCUGGUUACGGUGCAGAGCGUGGAAGAGCGCAUGCUGGAGCGCGCGCGCGAAAAGCUCGACGUUGAUCAGCAGGUGAUCCAGGCAGGCAAAUUCAAUCAAACCGCGGACGAGAACGACACGAAGAAGAUGUUGCUGGAGAUCAUUCAGCAAGCCAAUGACGAUGACGAUGAGAUUGAGGCCGGCGUGACCGAUCACGAAGAUCUCAACCGCAUGCUUGCGCGCUCGGAUGAAGAGUUGGAGGCGUUCGUGCAAAUGGAUGAGGAGAUAGCCAACAACGAUCAGGCCUGGCAUUCGGAUCGUCGACAGACUCGACUCUUUGCCCGAGACGAGCUGCCGGCCGGCUUGAUUGAUGCAGAAAACUCGGUGGCCAAGGCCAUUGAGGAAGCAGCUCAGGAGAAGCCCAUGGAGGAUUAUGGCCGUGGGGCGCGGGUCCGCAAGGAGGUCAACUACGCCGAGGAUCUCACCGAGUUGCAAUUUCUCAAGGCGGUAGAGAGCGGUUCGCUGGACGAGGCCCGCGAACGAAGUGCUGCCAAGCGCAAGCAUCGCUCACGCAGCGGCGGAGCCAAGGCGGACGGGAAAACCACAGCUACAUCCGAGGGUGAGCAGACUGCGCUUGAGCUAGCUCUUGGGGUCCUGUACAUUUUGCUGCGAAUCAAGUUGUGUGUGCUAUACACGAGUGAACGGGCUCAGGGCCGAUUUGCGUUGAUUUCCGGAGACGCAGAUGUGACGGCUGCGGAAAACAUCAUCAACGACUUGCUCUCAUCCACGAAUCGGCAUGGCCAUGUGCUGAGUUCCAGUCUGAUGGACCUCCCGUCCCGAGCUGAGGAGCCGGGGUUUUACAAGCGCGUACGGAAGCCCAUCUCACUUCGCGAUAUCCAGACCAAGGCCAUGGAUCAAGCGUAUGAUAGUCUGGACGAUCUUGAGGCUGAUGUGGACUUGUUGGUGGACAAUGUCAUUGACUACUAUGAUGACGGCGAGGCCAUUGUGGAUGACGCCGAACAGCUACGGGCCACCUUCCUGUCUCUGCGGCAGCGUGAGGAGGAUGAUUCUGAACUCACGCCCAAAGCGGCCAAAACGUCGAGCCGGGGCCGCACGCCAGGCUCGCGGCGUCGUUGA